AUGGAGCCCCUUGCUAUCAUUGGUAUGGCCUGUCGGUUCCCCCAGGAGGGAGACAACAAUGAAAACUUUUGGAAGAUGCUCAUGAGCGGUAAAUCCGCGAUGACGCCGUUUCCCCAGAACCGGUUCAACAUGGACGGACAUUACCACCCUGAUGUUGAGCACGGUGGUACCUUUCAUGUCAAAGGAGGACAUUUUAUGGCUGGUGAUCCAGUUGAAUUUGACAAUCAGUUCUUCUCAAUACCGAAAUCUGAGGUUAUGUCGCUUGAUCCGCAGCAGCGACUACUGAUGGAGAAUGUAUAUCAAGCUCUGGAGAAUGCUGGCAUUCCAUUGGAUCGAGCAAUAGGGUCGAACACUUCAGUGUUCAGCAGCGGGUUUAACCAUGAUUACCUUCAAUUAUUGAAUAGCGACCCAGAACUGAAGCUAAAAUACAAGCCUAUGGGAACCAGCAAUUCCAUUCUUUCUGGGCGCAUAAGCUGGUUCUUUGACUUCAAAGGCCCAAGUUUGACAGUUGACACUGCAUGCUCCAGUAGUAUGGUUGCCUUUCAUUUAGGCGCCCAGAGCUUAAGAGAUAACGAGUCUGAAAUGUCCGUUAUUUGCGGCGUCAAUGUUUUCACAUAUCCUACAGAUUGGUUUGGUAUGGACCACCAUGGAUUCUUAGCAGGAGAUGGAAAGUCUUACAGCUUUGACCACCGCGCCGGCGGAUACUCUCGAGGAGAGGGCGUCGCGACAGUUCUCAUCAAGCGACUGUCUACUGCCCUUCGAGACGGCAAUACCAUCCGCGCGGUGGUGCGUGCGACUGGCCUCAAUCAAGAUGGAAGGACACCUGGUAUCACAUUGCCUAGCGCAACCGCACAAGAGCAAAUGAUACGCGAGGUGUACAAGCGAGGGGGUUUGGACCUAGCGGAAACGGCUUAUAUCGAGGCUCAUGCCACCGGUACUGCUGCUGGAGAUCCAAUUGAAGCGCGAGCAAUCGCCAAUUCCUUCAACACUGCUGACCGAGAAUCGCCACUGAUAGUGGGCGCUGUCAAAUCUGCCAUUGGACAUACAGAAGGAGCCUCAGGACUUGCUGGUAUCAUUAAGUCUGUGAUGGUAUUAGAAUCUGCAAUGAUUCCACCUAAUACAAACUUCGGAAGAGUGAAUCCAAAGAUUCCCAUUGACAAAUGGCGACUUCAUCUGCCACUGCAACCUACUCCAUGGCCUUCACCAGGCAUCAGACAGGUUUCCAUCAAUUCCUUUGGCUUUUCUGGGACCAAUGGUCAUGUUGUAUUGCAAGAUGCACGACAUUAUCUUCAACAGAAUAAUUUGGUUGGACUUCAUAAGACGUUGCCAUAUCUCGAUCAGGUGAAUGGUCACGCAACGAAUGGCAACGGCCAUAUCAAUGGCCAAAGCAUUAAUGGCAUAGAUGCAGCCAACACCCACAACCAUCAGAAUGGCGAUUCUACAGCAAGCUCCACUCCCCUGAUUUUUGCGCUUUCAUCCUUUGAUGAACAGGGAGUGCAGAGGAACGCCGAUUCUCUGGCUAGCUACCUGAAUGAUCAACUCUCACAGUCUUUAAGCAAUGCGCAGAAAUAUCUGCAAGAUCUCGCAUAUACAUUGGCGGCAAAACGGACUGCUUUCCAAUGGCGAUCGUAUUGCCUUGCCAGCAAUCCAAAUGAUUUAGUCAAUGCGUUAACCACAAACUCCUCUAUUUCGAAGCCACUCAGGACAAGAGCAGCUCCAAGUAUUGCUUUCGUCUUUACUGGUCAAGGGGCGCAGUGGUAUGCUAUGGGGAGGGAAUUGUUAAUUUUCCCUACCUUUAAAGCAAGUUUAGAAAGCGCUUCGCACUAUAUGAAAGAGUUGGGCAGUCCGUGGUCUCUAUAUGAGGAACUCUUAAAGGAUCAAUCAGAAUCUCAAAUCGAUAAGCCACAAUUGGCUCACCCAUCUUGCACUGCUAUUCAAGUGGCUCUUGUGGACUUGCUUGCAUCCUGGAACUUGCGUCCUGCACGCGUGGUGGGCCAUUCAUCAGGCGAAAUUGCAGCUGCCUAUUGUGCAGGGAAGAUUAACCAACAAACGGCAUGGAAGGUGGCCUAUUAUCGAGGUUACGUCUCAAGUCAAGUGUCAAGCAAUGGCUCGAUGCUUGCAGUUGGCUUGACGACCUCAGAUUUGAAUGAGUACCUUCAAAAAGUAGAUGCCAAGUUGGCGGGCGAAUUGACAGUGGCAUGUUACAAUAGCCCCAAGAACCACACUGUAUCCGGAGACACCGCGAAGAUCGACAAAGUGAAGCAAAUUCUCGAUGAAAGGGAUAUUUUCGCAAGGAAACUUAAAGUUAAAACAGCAUAUCAUUCGGCACAUAUGAAGACAGUAGCAGAAGAGUACUUGCAUCUCUUGGGCGAUAUGGAACCAUCAGAUGCCCAGUUCUCAACUGACAUGUACUCCAGCGUCACAGGAGCACGGGUCGAUGGCGAUAUAACGGCACAGUAUUGGGUUGACAACCUGAUUUCGCCUGUGCGAUUCACUGAUGCUUUGCUUAAAAUGUCAUUGGAAAGCUCCAAAAGUUCUAUGAGAGUGAAUACAAGCAACAGCGCGAUUCAGGAAAUCAUCGAGAUUGGACCUCAUUCAGCUCUUCGAAGCGCCAUCAAGGAGACAAUUGCCAGUCAUUUCAAUGAUAACCAGGUUAUUGGAUACCACGCCGUCCUAGAUCGCAACACCCCGGGCGUGGAUACUCUACUAAAGACCGUUGGAAACCUGUUUGCACGGGGCAGUGUUAUCGACCUCGCUCUCGUGAAUCAAGCCUCCUUGUCUGGCUCGAGUGAAAAAUUGCCCACUAUGCUUACUAACCUUCCUCCCUAUGUUUUCAACCAUAGUCAAACGACUUGGUAUGAAAGUAGGCUGAGUCGCAAUUACCGAUAUCGCAAAUAUCCUCGUCAUGACCUGUUCGGAGCCCCAGUACCUGACUGGAAUCCUGAGGAGCCAGUUUGGCGUAACUUUGUACGGAUCUCUGAGCAGCCUUGGCUAAGAGACCACGUGGUUACCGGUAGCAUUGUAUACCCAGGUGUUGGGUAUAUCAUCAUGGCUAUAGAGGCUUCCAGGCAGAUGGCAUCACCAGAUUUGAAACUCCUCGGAUUCCAUCUCAAGGAUAUUUCGAUUAAAAGUGCCCUCAUUAUUCCAGACAAUAAAGACGGCAUUGAAGUUAAGUUUUCUAUGGUAGGAAUGGACGAGUCUAGUCUUGAGAAAUCAAAAUCCUGGAGAAAAUGGACAGUGACAAGCUACAAUACUGUGGCAGAUAACUGGGUGGAGCAUUGCACUGGAUAUAUUCAGACCCAGUAUGAAGUCGCUCCAGGACCUAUUGACGAAGGUCUCGAAGAAGCGUCGGAGGCACAAGAGUCCAAGAAGAUGCUCAAGGACAGUGUCGAAUGCUGUACCACACCAACAAGCAUCAACUAUGACAACUUGGAUACUGUUGGGUUGCAUUUCGGACCUUUGUUUCAAAAUUUGUCAGAUGUUGUGGUAAAUAAAGGUAAAGGUGAAGUGGCUUCACUCAUUACUGUCCCGGAUGUUGCCAAAAUCAUGCCUAAAAAUUUUCUUCAUCCUCACAUGAUUCACCCAUCCACAUUGGAUAGCAUGAUGCAUCUUUUUAUUGCUGGUGUUCUUGAUAUCACGGAUAAGACUACACUAGAGUCUCCUAUGGUCCCCACUUUUAUCAGAGAAGUGCGUAUUUCUGCUAACACGGAAAGUACUCCUGGACAUAAAUUCCGAGGAUUUGGGGUUUCCAAAUUAUCAGGUUUCCAAAAGUUCCACAGCGAUAUCACAAUCUGGGACAAUGAGACAAAUGAAGAAAGAAUUGCCGUCAGAGGAUGGUCAGGUAAAUCCCUUGGAUCAGACGUAUCUUCUGUGGAGGCGAAGAAACUGUGCCAUGUUGUUGAAUGGAUGCCAGAUCUCAAUCUUGUUAAGCAACCUCGAUUCAAGGCUCAGCUCGCUUCCUAUGAGGAGAACAAGGAUUAUCGACAGAACAUCAGACGAUUACAAUUAGCAUCAGUCCUCUUUAUAACUCUUGCCCUAGAGGAUUUAAAAGACCAUCCUGAAAGCAAUUACGAAGGCCACUUCAAAAACUAUUAUGAGUGGUGUAUCAAGAUUCGGGAAGAUCUACAUCAAAAUUUGCUCCCUCACCUGGACUUUGAAGAAUGGAAACGAUAUAUGGCGGAUGAAUCACUAAGAGAAGAUCUCUUCCGCCAAAUUACGGAGCACAAUGCAGAUGGAAGACUGUUGGUUCGGAUGGGAAAGAAUCUGGCCCCAGUUUUGAGAAAAGUGGUCGACCCUCUGCAAUUGAUGUUUGGGCAAGACAACAUCCUUGAUGAACUGUACAGGAAUAUGGUCGAGUCUGGAAACCUACCUGUUCUUUUGAAGGCUUACCUGGAAAUUGUCCAUCAUAACCGCGUCAACCUUAACAUUAUGGAGAUUGGCGCUGGAACUGGUUCAUUAUCCGCCCCAGUAUUGGAAGCUUUAGGCCCAUCUGCCGCUGAUGAAGAGAGACUCUUGAAUGACUCGUCUAUUGCCAAAUACACGUAUACGGAUGUAUCAUCGGCAUUUUUUGAAAAGGCCAAAGACAAGUUUAAGCGAUGGAGAAAUAUUCUCGAAUUUCGAACCUUCAAUAUCGAAAACGAGGCUUCGCAACAAGGAUUUGAACAAGGCACAUACGAUUUUAUAUUUGCUGGAAAUGUCAUCCACGCCACUGCUGACCUUGAGAAAGUCUUAACAAAUCUUAGAUCGCUCUUGAAGCCGGGUGGCAAGUUGGUGAUGCACGAGGGUAUUCGUCAAGGCAUACUAGAUCUUUUAUGGCUUCCAUUGUCAUUUGGUCAGCUAAAGGGAUGGUGGUUAAGUGUAGAGCCAAACCGAAAGUGGUGUCCGUCGAUAUCUGAGCCUGAGUGGGAUACCGUGCUUCGCCAAGCUGGCUUCACUGGGAUCACAACCAUUCUCCAAGAUCGUGAAGUUGCCGAUAUCUGUGGACAGAGUAUAAUGGUUGCUGAAAAUAACGAAGUCAUCGGUCUCCAAGAUGCUAACAGAAAAGUACAUAUCAUCUCAUCAGCAGCAACACAGAGUUUGGCAACUGCUCUUCAGUCCAGAAUCACAAGCGAUUUCGGUUACAAACAUUGCUCAAUUGUCAGCCUGUCAGAUUUAUCAAACACUGAGCUGAUAUACGACACAUGCAUUUCACUCAUUGAUUUGGAAAAGCCUCUUCUUUCUCAGCUCACUGAACAACAAUACAAUGACUUAAACCAUGUUAUUGCUACGAGUGAUGGGAUACUAUGGAUCUCGGGGGAUUUCCAGAAAGAUCCCUCGCAAUAUAUGAUCACGGGCCUUAUACGGACAGUUAGAUGGGAGCGUGAUCUAGAUGCCCCCAACUUGAUCACGCUGGCGGCUGCAGAGCCUCGACCAGAAGAUGACCAAUUUAUCGAAUCAAUAUUGUCUGUUUUCAAGCACCAGUUUGUAGACAAUAUUGACUAUGAUAGCAAAAACGCCGAGUACUUCCUGAAAAAUAACGAGCUGCUAACAAAUCGUCUCAUCGAUGCUCAAAACACGAAUGGCUUCAUCCACUCCAACUUUGCGGAAGCGGACCCUGAGCAUGGGCCUCUUGGGGAGGCUGGACGACCAAUCAUGCUAGAUACCUACUCUCCAGGAUCACUGAGUGCCCUCCACUUUGCAACAGAUCCGGUUUGGGCCCGCCCAAUGGCCGAAUAUGAGGUAGAAGUGGAAAUUAGAGCUGUCGGUCUUAAUUUCCGAGACGUCCUGAUUGCCAUGGGGGAACACGUUGCGGCAUGUCUUGGAAAUGAAGCUGCAGGCUAUGUCUCCCGCAUUGGCUCCAAAGUCACCAACGUCCAAGUCGGUGAUAGGGUGGUCUACAUGAAUGGACUUGUUGAUGGUGGAUGUCUCAAGACCUUUGGAAGACAAAGUGAGGAUGCUGUGGUAAAGCUUCCGGAUUCUGUGAGUUUCGAGGACGCUGCUAGUCUCCCAUGCGUUUAUUCUACAGCAAUCCACGGACUCUAUGAUAUUGCUCACCUGUCCAAGGGAGAGACAGUCCUCAUUCAUGCCGCUGCUGGUGGCGUUGGUCAGGCUGCGAUUCAACUUGCAAAUUUAGUUGGAGCAGAAGUUUUUGCCACAGUGUCCACUCCCGAAAAGAGAGAUCUUCUUAUCACUGAAUACGGGGUAAAGAAGGAUCAUAUCUUCUCCAGUCGAGAUUUGUCAUUUGUAAAAGGAAUAAUGCGCAUGACGAACAAUCAUGGCAUAGACGUUGUCCUGAAUUCGCUGUCAGGCGAUGCUCUACGUGCUUCAUGGGAUGUCCUAGCUCCAUUUGGACGAUUCAUUGAAAUCGGCAAAAAAGACGCUCAGUCAAAUGGAAGGGUCGACCUUAGCCCUCUCUUGCGCCAAACAGUCAUGGCUAGCGUUGAUUUGACAACAAUUAUGAACUAUAAGCCAAAGAAACUUGGCCAGCUAAUCACAGAAACUGUUCGGCUGUUCGCUGAAGGCAAAGUGCGAUUGGCUAAGCCUACUAGAGUUAUGGAUUAUACACAGAUUGAAGAAGCUUUCCGAUCUCUGCAAUCAGGGAAGAGUAUGGGCAAAACAGUGUUCAAGCCGAACGCAAAUGACCUCGUUCCGAUUCUACCUGAGAAGACAUCUCCACUGCAGUUUGAUCACGACGCUUCUUACGUUUUAGCUGGCGGUCUUGGAGGUCUAGGGAGAAGUAUAGCACGUUGGAUGGUGUCCCGAGGAGCAAAGCAUCUGAUUUUCAUCUCUCGAUCGGGAGCAGCAAGCGAAUCUGCACAAGAACUCGUGCAAGAGCUGGAAGCGGCUGGUUGUAACAUUCACGUCUUCGCAUGUGAUGUUAGUGAUGAAACGUCGCUAUCUGGCAUUAUCGACCAAUGCAAGGUUAAACUCCCUGAAAUCAAGGGUUGUGUUCAAGGUUCUAUGGUUCUCAAGGAUUCAAUGUUUGAGAACAUGACAUAUGAAAACUUCCAAGCGGCGCUACGACCUAAAUUCCAAGGUUCUUGGAAUCUGCACAAACUGCUGCCCACGAGCAUGGAUUUCUUCCUUCUUCUGUCGUCUGCAACGGGAAUCCUAGGCAACCGAAGUCAAGCUAAUUAUGCUGCGGGCAACACUUACCAAGACGCACUGGCGAUACACAGGCAUUCAAUUGGGCUCCCUGCUACUAGUAUUGACUUGGGGAGCAUUCUCUCAGUCGGCUACGUGGCUGAGAAUAAGUCUCGCCUCAAAACAAUUCCCACCAUCUCUUCUGUUCUUGAAUCCAUUCGUGAAGAUGAAAUUCACCUGAUCCUUGAAUAUCAUCUCGAUAAACGGCAUCCCGGAUCAAGCCAGACAGUUUCUGGGCUGACAAAUGCCGCACUAUAUAAGCAGCGUCGCAUGCCGGUGCCAAGCUAUCUCAAUCUGCCUCUAUUCCGACAUCUCCAGAGCGAAACAAGCGCAGCAAGCGACGCUGUUGAGGAUGAUCCUAUCCUCUUGGUCCCCAUUCAAUUAGCCGCGGCGACAGCAAUUGACGAAGCUGUCGUCAUUGCCUCGAAUGGAAUUCGACUGAAGCUCUCGAAACUUUUAUCAAUGGCCGCUGAUGAUAUUGACCCAGGGAAAUCAAUUAGCUCCAACGGAGUUGAUUCUUUAGUUGCUACCGAAUUCAGAACAUGGCUUGCAAAGACAUUAAAAGCUGAUUUGCCUAUGCUUGAUAUUAUGGGAACCAGCAGUAUUCUCACCUUUAGUGAGAAGGUAGUAAGCCUUAGCAAGUUGGUUCAAAUUGCACCGAGUAGCUAG